AUGGAUGACAAAGAGAUCAAGUAUAUCGAUGCCAACAAUGCCGUCCCUGGAGAGAAAAAUGCAUAUGUCGACGUUCUGCCCGGCGAAGUCUCAGACAAUGCUGACAAGCUACAACGACGCCUCAAUAACCGGCAAAUCCAGUUGAUUGCAAUCGGAGGGUCGAUCGGGACAGCGCUCUUCGUCAGUAUCGGCAGUGGACUUGCCAAGGGAGGCCCUCUCUCGUUGUUCCUUGCCUAUACAAUAUACUCGGCGAUGCUGGGCCUCGUCAACAACUGUAUGGCCGAGAUGACUUGCUUACAACCAGUUUCCGGGGGCUUUAUUCGUAUGGCUGGAAAAUGGGUUGAUGACGCCUUUGGAUUCAUGGCCGGGUGGAACUUUUUCUUCUACGAAGCCCUCUUGAUUCCAUUCGAAAUCACUGCUCUCAACCUCGUCUUAUCGUUUUGGAGAGACGACAUCCCGACCGCCGCCGUCUGUGCGGCCUGUAUUGUUCUUUAUGCCCUCAUCAACAUCCUGGCUGUCAGGGCGUACGGAGAGGCCGAGUUCUGGCUCUCGGGAGGCAAAGUUAUCCUGAUCUUCAUGUUGUUCAUGUUUACCUUCAUCACUAUGGUUGGAGGUAAUCCUCGUCACGAUGCCUACGGCUUUCGUUACUGGAAUAACCCUGGCCCGAUGGCGGAAUAUCAUACAACCGGCGCCUUGGGGAGGUUUGAGGGCUUCCUGGCCUGCCUCUGGAGCGCUUCUUUCUGCGUUGUGGGCCCGGAAUAUCUGGCCAUGGUGGCCGCUGAAGCCAAACGGCCUCGUAUCUACAUCAAGAAGGCCUUCAAGACCAUUUACUGGCGGUUCGGCCUUUUCUUCAUCCUUGGCUCGCUAUGCGUUGGGGUGGUGAUACCGUAUAACGAUCCGACCCUCGUCGCUAUUGUCAAUGGCACUCAGUCUGGCGGUGGUACUGCUGCUGCGUCGCCAUAUGUCAUUGCCAUGAAGAAUUUGAAAGUCGAAGUGUUGCCUCACAUUACCAACGCACUACUGGUCACCAGCAUUUUCUCCGCCGGAAACACCUAUACCUACUGUGCAACCCGCAGCCUCUACGGCCUUGCUCUUGAGAGCCGAGCUCCAAAAUUUCUCGCCAAGUGCACCCGCAACGGCGUACCUAUCUGGUCCUUCUGCGUGGUCAUGCUGUUCCCACUCCUGUCUUUCCUGCAGGUAUCCAGCGGCUCAUCCCAAGUCUUGACAUGGCUGAUCAAUCUAAUAACGGCUGGUGGCAUUAUCGACUAUAUCGUCAUGUGCGUGACCUAUCUGUUCUUCUACCGCGCUUGCGUGGCUCAAGGCGUCGAUCGAAAUACAUUCCCUUAUACCGGAUGGUUCCAACCUUACUGCGGAUACAUUGGGCUGGUCUGGAUGACACUGAUCGUCAUAUUUUACGGAUACUCCAGUUUCACGCCCUGGGACGUUGGGACUUUCUUCUCAUACUACACAAUGGUCAUCGUGGCUCCCGUGCUUUACGUGGGGUGGAAACUCAUCAAGCGCACAAAGAUCGUGUCCGCCUCAGAGGCCGAUCUUGUCUGGGAACGACCAGUGGUCGACGCAUAUGAGGCCACGUUCAUCUCGCCUCCCAUUGGAUUUUGGACUGAGAUGUUGCAAUUGGUUGGGCUCAAGCGGGCGCAGAAGGAUGACAGGCGAGGUUCGAUCGUAUCGACAUCGGGUCGCUGA